AUGUCUGGACUUCUAAUGAAAUUAUUGAUUACCUGGAUGAAGAAACAUGGUUUGACUGUUCACUCGAAAUCCAUCGGGAAUUUUAUCAAGGCCGUACGAAAGAUUAAUGAAGAAUUCUUGCAUUAUGUAAGUGGAGAUGUAGAUGAUGCAAUAACUGCUAUGUGUAAAAACAGAAUAAGUGAAUAUGAAAAUGGAAACAUAGAGAUGGAACCGAAGGAUAUACCUAUAUGUGAAUUUAUACUGAGGGCCCUAUAUUUUAAACAUGGGCUUUCUCACGAAGUGGGGAAUUCAAAUAUAAAGAGUAUUCUGAACACAAAUGUUGAGGUAGACCUAUGUAUAAAGUGCACAUUAGCAAAUGUAUAUUUGGGAAACUUAUUUCAUAAGAACUGUUUGGACACGCCCGGGGAGAAAUGGGCCUUUGUGGCCGCAGCGAACCUAUUGAAUGCAUUGGGAAGGGGACAGGGGAAUAUACAAUGUGAUGAAGUAGAUAUACAGACGACGGCAGUUACCGGUGAAAAUAUAAGACAAAGAAUGAAAAUAUGGAUGGGGAUGAAUGAAUCCAUAAUGCGCAAGGAGGGUUUACUGAGUUCACAGAGAACUUGUACAGCCUGGAAUACAAAAGGAAAAAAGGGAGUCAGCGUCCACCAAGCACUACCCUCAGAGCCGGUCCUUAGGUACACAACUUCAUAUAAAGAAGCAGGACGAGAUGCUAUAGAAGAGCCGGCACAAAAAAGUAAAACUAAGGAGGAAGAUGUGAUCACGAGCAAAGGUAAGGAAACACAGAGAAACAGCGAGAAAAGACAGGGCAGGAAGGAAAAAAAGUUAGAAACUAACAAGCUCACGACGCAAGUAGCGCCGAAACAUCCGGCAGCGGGACUGCCCUUUGCAGGCAAGCCGGCAGGAAAAGAAGGACACCACAACACGACCACCUGUGGACAGAAUAGACAGGAUACCCCAUGCAUAAUAGACGGACAACUGCAGUCGGAUCCUUGGAACAGUAAGAACGGAGAUGAAUGUCUAGGAAGUCUGCUGGCACAGUGGGUACAGAAGAAAGGACUGGACAACCAAGCCAUAGAAUACGAUAGAACAAUAUGGGAGAAGAUGACGAAAUUAUACACGAAUGUGGCUGCGCGGGGAGGGACGGGUAAAUCUGAAAUAAUGGAAAAUGCAUGGAUUGAAAUGGGGAGAAAAGGAGGGCAAAUAAAACAAGGGGAAGAGCAAAUAUAUAAACUACUGAUAAGGAUAUUAUUAUAUAUGGAAGGAAUAUCCGAAGAUGGAAGUUUAGAGAUGGAGCAAAUGACUGACGAUUAUGAAAUGGAAUCAUUGAUGAAAUGUGUAAUGGGGAAUGUAUGGAUAAACGGAAUAAAGGAAAUGGGCUGUUGGACGCAGAGUGCUGUGAAUCAUGCCAUAAAUGCCGCUGAAGCGCAUGUCAUUACAGUGAAAGGAGAAAAAAGCCGAAUUAAGGAUUGUUUAAAAUGGCAAUUCGGGGAUACAUGCGUAGGUACCUAUCCAGUGACACCAAGAUUUAUGCAAUGGAUGUUAAAGAGUAAUAGCGUGUUAGGAAAAAUGUACGGGGCAGGAAUGGCCGCAAAAUGUAACGGCAAAAGUAUAGCAGACAGAAUAGAAGAAUUUUAUAAAGAGGCGGGAACGAAAGUGUCAUGUAAUAGUGGUGGUCAGCGUGUAGAAAUGAUAGAGCCAUCGACCGAUGGGAAACCGGGAAAGAUGGCAAGAGGUAGAAAUACCAAAAAAUGCGAAAGUAAAUAUUGGAAAAAACAGGAGGAUAACUGGAGGGAGAAAGUGACAAUUUUAAUUGAGGAAACAAACAAGAAACAAGAAGAGGGAUCAAGGAAAGGAAGUCACCCUGCACCUGACGAAUCUGAUGAAUCCGACCACCAGGUCGAUAGCAUCCCAAGAAAAAGGGCCAAUGAAGAUCACAGUAUCCAAGGCGGUGACAACCUUACGGAGAAAACAGAACACAAAGGUAACGGAGACAAGAACGACCAAGAAACAGAAGUGGAAAGUGUAGACGGAGUCCACACUCAGGAUAAGAAUAAAAUCAAGGCAAACGCGGAGCGUACAGAAGAGAAGCCUGUAGCGGGCACCAUCCCACAAGAAGAAACAACAGUAGCCUGCACCCCCCGGCCACUAGCGGAAUCGCAAGCAUCAGGAGCAGAGACAACACAGGAAACGACGGAAAAAGUAGCAGCAGGGGGUGAACCAAACGUAGAAAAGAACGCACAGGGGAAGGGCAUUUCCGUAAUAUCAUCCCCCGAUGACGACAGCCCCGCAGCGGAUCCAUCAAAUGGAGUGACUGAGUCCAGCUCGUCCACCAAGAACACAGAGGACCCUGAGGACUCGAGCAGAGUACAAACAGGCCAAGCCACUGAGCGCACUGACCCCAACAACGGUGCGCGCGGCUCCCAGGGUGCUCGUAGCGACGGAGGAAACGAUGAAACACCUCCUCUCAAUCCACCCAAACCAAAACCAGAAACCACGAACCCAGAUCAAUCGGGUAGUAGUGGCAGUUUCAGUCAUGCUGAUUUGGCGGAUGGAGUGUCUGGUGGGGAAGGAAAAGGAGGUGAGGGUGAUGAAAAGGAUGCUGGCGGCGGCGGCAGGUGUUGCAGUCGGUGUAUCUGA